UCUUCUGUGGUGUGCAGCAACAGAACAAGGAGCAACAGUGAAAAUCUGCAACAUCCAUGCAAAUAUGAGGAAGAACUUCUUUCCUAUGUGGGUGCCAGAGCCCUGGAACAGGCUGCUUAGAGUUGCGGGAGUUUCCUCUGGAGAUAUUCAAGACUGUCUGGACACUGUCAUGUGCAGCAUACUGCAGAGGACUGCUAAAGCAGGGGAUUGUGAGAGCUCCAAAGGUCCCUUCCAACUCCUAUUAUUUUUUGAUUUUAUUACUAUGGGUCUUCUGUCUUCUCCAAAACAGUGAAGUAGUUCCCGCCAACCAGCCAGUCAAAAACAAACAAACAAACAAAAAAACCAACACUCUUUCAACCAAAGAAGAGUUUCAGUUGAUAACAAAGCAUUCUAGUGCAAAUGUUUCUGUUGAUCCAAGUGGUGUGGAUGACUGAAACCAGAGUGGGACUCGUCGAAACCACCCCUCAGCCAGGCAAACACCUUCAUCUCUUAUCAAGGUUCUGUAGUCAUAUGAUGUGUGUUUGUACUGGUGCACAGAGCGCUGGUCAGCCUUUGGGGGGCCAGGAGGAGGUGUGGUUCCAUCGUCACAGCCCAGGAGAGGAGGACUCACGGCCUCACUGCUGCGCACACUGCCGAUGACCCUGGAGCAGCCUCUGCAGGGUUGAAGACGCAGUGGAGCAGUCACCAGGUGGCCAGCACUGCGCCUUGUCACACCGAGGGGCCACUGACCCACUGCUUGCCACGUCUGCCCUUGUGACGGAGCUGAACUCUUCAGCUCAGUCAGGAGAAGCUGAGGGACAUCCAUCAGGUGUGGUGCACCAGGAAGAGCCGAGCCAGGGCAGAGAGGAGGCGGCACAGGGCAGAUGCAUCACUUGAUCUAAUGCCAGUCCUGAGGACAUGCAGGGGCUGAGACAAUGAACCAAGGAGAUCUGUAGAAGUUCAUACAGGCCAGAGUCAGUGCUAGAACUUCUCAGCAAAGAUCCUUCUUGGCUCUGUCUCCAGCCUUGCCAAGUCCUGGCAUGCAGGCAGGUCUCCCUUGGAGGGAGCUACAGGCUGACUCAGCUGCCAGGGAAGGAAAGGUUCUGGAUGAGGAUCAGCUCGGUGGUGCCUUCUGCCACUGCAGGCAGAGCCAGAAGGCCUGACCAUGUGCAGUCUCCUGUUGUCAGAACACUGCAGAUUUAAACGAGCAUCUCACGCUAUUUGUGGAGUCUAAUGACAAGCUCACAACUGUCUGAAGUGCUGAUGGGACACAAAGGUGUUUGAGGCAUCUCUUCACUUCUUCAAGUGCCGAGCUCUGUUUUUGCUCAUCUGUGUUUGCCUUGCUCUUUGCAUUAGGGCUGCUGGAAGGUGGCAGCAUGGCUCGGAAGAUGAGCAUUGAUAAUCUGGAGGACCAGCUGCUCUGCCCCAUCUGUUUGGAGGUCUUCAAGGAGCCCCUGAUGCUGCAGUGUGGGCAUUCCUACUGCAAGUCCUGUGUGCUGUCACUGUCUGGAGAGCUGGAUGAGCAGUUCUUGUGCCCUGUGUGCCGCAAAUCCGUGGACUGCAGCGCUUCCCCACCCAAUGUCACGCUGGCCCGCAUCAUUGAGGCACUGCAGAGCAGGGGCGAGACAGAGCCCACCCCAGAGUCCUGCCCAAUGCACCACAAUCCACUGAGCCUCUUCUGCGAGGCUGACCGAGAGGUGAUCUGUGGGCUGUGCGGCACCAUUGGCAACCACAAGCAGCACAAGAUCACCCCUAUCUCUACCGCAUACUGUCGGAUGAAGGAGGAGCUGUCUGUGCUGCUAACCGAUGUCCACCGGUGCAAGAGGAACCUGGAUGAACAGUUCAGCAAGCUCAUCAACAACAAGAUCCGCAUUGCGAAUGAGGCAGAUGUCUUCAAGUGGGUGAUCCAGAAGGAGUUUGAGGAGCUGCACAGGUACAUCGAUGAGGAGAAGGCCACCUUCCUGGAGAGUGUGGAGGGGAAGGCAGCCCAGCUCAUCGCCUCCAUUGAGUCUCAGGUCAAGCAGACAUCAGACACCCUGGAGAGGCUGAAGGAGAUGCAGAGCAUUCUGGAGACACUCAGCAACGAAAGUCAGCUUGAUUUCAUCCGUAAAUACAGCUCCUACCAGUUCAGGUCAGAGCUUCCUAGCCUACACCCAGGUGAUGCCAUCUUCAGUCCCGUAUCAUUCAAGCCUUGUUUCCACCAAGAUGACAUCAAGAUGACCGUGUGGAAGCGGCUGCACCGCCACGUCCUGCCAGCUCCAGAGAUGCUGAAACUGGACCCGGUGACGGCACAUCCCCUGCUGGAACUCUUCAAGGGUGACACGGUGGUGCAGUGCGGGCUGUACCAGCGCCGGGACAGCAACCCCAAACGUUUUGACUCCAGCAACUGCAUCCUCACCUGCAAGGGCUUCUCCUGCGGCCAGCACUACUGGGAGGUGAUUGUGGGCACCAGGAACCACUGGCGCGUGGGCAUCAUCAAGGGCACGGUCAGCCGCAAAGGGAAGCUCAGCAAGUCUCCCGAGAACGGCGUGUGGCUCAUCGGCCUCAAGGAAGGGAAAGUCUACGAGGCCUUCAGCACCCCGCGGGCCACGCUGCCGCUGACCGCCCGGCCGCAGCGCAUCGGGAUCUACCUGCACUACGAGAAGGGCGAGCUGACCUUCUACAACGCCGACAGCCCCGACGAGCUCAGCCCCAUCUACACCUUCCAGGCGGAGUUCCAGGGCCAGCUCUACCCCAUCGUGGACCUGUGCUGGCCGGAGCGAGGGCCCUUCUCCCCUCCCAUCAUCCUGCCCCCUCCCGCUGCCGGCCGGCACACCCAGGGCCCCCCCGCGGCGGAGGAGCCCCCCAAGCCGUAGGGCGCGGCCCCGCGGCGCCGUCCUGAAUAAAGCUGCCGCUGUGCUGCCCGA